AUGGGAUCGAGGCGCGUUCGACAAGCCUGCACGGUUUGUCGAGACCGGAAGGUCAGAUGCGAUAGGGUACAACCGAGCUGCGGGAGAUGCCUACGCCUUCACGAGAGAUGCAGCUAUGAUGCUUCAUCUGGACCUACAGAUCUUUCACGUCAAGUUCGAGAGCUUCAGGCUCGCCUAGAAAGAGCAGAAGAAAGAUUAUCGGCAAGCAGACACGGUAGCCUAGGAGCCGGAAAUUCGUUGGUGGGAUCAGGGGUACCACCCUUACUGCCUCUGACUGAGAAUGUCGACCUCCUACCUUUUGUGCCCUUGGCCGACAUCAGCUUCGAUGCCCAGCCGCAGCCUCUUGCCCCGACGGGGUUUCUCGGCCUUUUUGCACAGCCUAACACAGAGAGCCUUUCUCAAGAUGCAUCGUCAGUGAAUAUCGGCCAAAGUCAGUUCGAUUUGAUGCGCGAUUCCGAGACUGCAGCGGCCAUGUCUGAACUGCAAUUUCCGGUAGGAUCUCUACUAGUCGAUUCAGAGCCUAUGCAAGAUGGUACGAUGACUGGAAAUGGAAAAGCUGGGGGGUUCGGGCUGGAGCCCGUUGAUGAGGAAUGUGCCGUGUUACACCACAUCUUCUUCGAGUUCGUCUAUCACUCGCUCCCAAUUCUCUAUCAAGAUCGGUUCUUCGAAGAAAUGGCGAUGCAACCUCAUCCCCGCCCUCUACUGGCCUUGGGCUAUGCAGUAGCCCUUGUGAGCGCGGCCAUCUCACCAUCCCAUCAGCAUCUGCAUAAGAAUUACUAUGCCAUGACGCGAAAGUUGCUCGAGGAAUGUGAGAUGGAGGAUGAUGGAGCAGAAUUUGCGAACCUCAACAUCUUCCAGGCCUUGCUCUUCUUGCUGAGAUACGAGAUCAUGUCAAGCCAAAUCACGAGAGCUUGGAUGACGCUCGGGCGGGCGAUCAGACUUGCCAGCGUAUUAAAUCUCCAAAACAUGGACACACGAGACCGCAUAGGUGGAACCGUCCCGGGUCUUCAUGUGGAACUACCCCCAACGAAAGAUCUCGUGUUGCUUGAAGAGCGACGGCGCUCGUUUUGGUGUCUUUUUAUCCUUGAAACGUACGUCAAGACUCGAUCAGGAAUGCCCUGUCAGCUGGGUCACGCGGCAUCGUUUGACGUUAACCUACCGUCGCCUGGGCUGCUCAAUCGAGGAUUCGCACCAACUAACAUGCCCUUUCUACGAGAUGUCACUAAAUGCAACGAGGAGCUCUCCUCGUACGCGGCAUGUGUCGUCAUGGUCGAUCUCGCGAUUCGGGCCUAUAAACACGCAGAAUUAUCACAAUCACAGACUCAGGGGUACUGGGAUCGCCACUUUGCUCUAGCGAGACUGAUUCAAGAAUGCUCGAAAGAAAUGGGGAGCCAGCUGAAUAAAGAAGCCGCAGUCCAUGACCCAGUUUCUCUAACGAAUCAACUCAACUUGGGCGCUGUCAGGAUCAUAUUGCACGAAACAGCUGUUGGAAAAGGGCGUGUAGAGGAGCUUUCACCGUCGAUGAUUGCGGAGAAUGAAAGGUGCUGCCAAGUUGCAGCUCAGACAAUAGCUGACACUGUUCGAGCUGUAUGGGAGAGCCAAUCCUCCGAGAAAAACUUAUUCAUGCUCCAAGCGACCUUUACGGCUUGGCCAAUAGCAAAGGCGAUCAGCACUCUUGUUAGGCACAGGGCAGAUUCGUGUAACCAUUCGUCGGUUCAACGAAUGAAUGAGCUGAAACUACUGUGCUCUGUCUUGGAUUACGUGGAAAGAAAAGGAGGCUAUUGGCACAUCUUGAUAGCUGAUGAUCUGGCUCAAGCGAGGGAGUGGGAUGAUGGGCUGGAAUAUUCAGCAUAG